UUCAUCUUGAUUCUCGCCUAGCAGUUUCAUCCAUUUCACCCCGACCCUCUCAUUCUUUCGUGCAAAAACUCGCGCACUCUUUUGCUGCCAUGACCUUCAAAAGCUCAGAGUUGUUGAACGCGAAUGGCCUUCCUUUGCCAUCUGGUGACGUCCAAGUGAUAAAGAAUGGUACACUCCCUACCAUUUCUGAACUCGAUCCAUCGAAACUCAGUGUGACUUUGACCACUAUUCCCAAGUCUCUGCCACAUCCCGACAGCCUGGUAUUUGGGCAGGAAAUGACCGAUCAUAUGCUGCUCAUGUCCUACGACCCUUUGACCGGAUGGUCGGCACCGGAGAUCAAACCAUAUGGGCCACUGAGCAUAGACCCUGCUAGCUCAUGCUUUCAGUACUGUCCAAAUGUAUUUGAGGGUAUGAAAGCAUACAUCGGUCCAGAUGGGAAGCCACGCUUGUUUAGGCCCGAUCUAAACAUGGCACGCAUGAAAAAAUCGAGCGAUCGCGUUGCGCUACCUCCUUUCAAUACUGGUGCUCUGCUGACGCUCAUCAAGAAGCUCAUCUUGGUCGAUGCCCGAUGGAUCCCUAAAGCCAAAGGGUGCAGUCUCUACAUUCGUCCAACGAUUAUCGGCACCCGACCAGCUCUUGGCGUAUCCGCUUCAACACACGCUAUGCUGUAUGUCAUCAUGUCCCCUACAGGUCCCUACUUCAAAGUCCCAACCGGUAUCUCUCUCCUGGCUGUUGGUGACCACGUCCGCGCUUGGCCAGGAGGCACUGGUGGUUACAAGCUCGGCCUCAACUAUGCCCCUGGAUUCCACCCGCAACGUUUAGCGCUGCAGCAGGGGUAUCAGCAAGUGUUGUGGCUACUUCGCGAGACCAUCACGGAGGCUGGCGCCAUGAAUAUCUUUGUAGUAUUGAAGCGGGAUGAUGGCGACCUCGAUGUGUUCACACCUCCGUUGGACGGCACUAUUCUGCCAGGCGUUACCCGCGCUUCUGUCAUCUCGCUGCUCGCAGCGCACCCAACCGAGACGUCCCUUCCCGAGCUCUCGAACAACACGCAUCUCCAUACUCGCGAGCAACCCAUCACCAUGCCAGAGAUCGCAGCAUGGUCCGAAUCGGGUCGCCUGUCGGAAAUCUUCUGUGUUGGAACCGCUGUUGUGGUCACGGCCGUCUCGCGCAUUGGUUGGAAGGGCAAAGACAUCGUGUUGCCUGAGUACAGUAAGGCUUUGGGGCCCGUCGCGAGGGCCCUCUGGGAAAGGCUGGUAGAUAUUCAAGAGGGGCGGAUCGAAUGGCAAGGCUGGAGUACUCCUUGCUUCUAGGCGUAUAAAAAAAGUAAACACAAGACGUCUGAUAGACGUGUAAAGUAAUACAUAAUCAAACUACAUCUGACAUUC